UUAAGUUUGUUGUAUUUUACAGCAAUUAAAGGAAAGUGCCUCUUGAUCCCGUGGCAAUGCUGGCAGUUAAAGAUAUUGCGUCCUUUUCAAUCAUCUUUGUGCUACUAGUGGGUGCAUUUUCCAGUAAAGCCUCUCAUCUCGAAACUGAGGGAGACGCUGGGCCCAUCAGGCAAAGAAAGACUUGGUCGCCACGGUCAGCACCAUAUUUCGUUAGGAACAAACGUCCAGAGGGUCUCCCUAAUACUCAUCGGGGACAGGAAAUUCAGCAAUUACUUCCUGAGGAACCUCAAGGAACUCCGCCUUACUUCGUCUCGCUGUUUGAUCCGGAGAGGAACAUCCCCUUCUACUCUGCCUACAAAGUGACUCCACAACAGGCGCCUUUCAUUGGAAAACUCCACAGGAAAGAUGCGAAAGGGUGGUGGAGGAAUCCUCCUGGUGUUCCUGGCUUAUAUGGCGCGUACAGGAAACUGACCCGACGAGAGCCUCUUAGCAAGGGCCACAUGAAUCCCGCAGCCAUAAAUACAUUCGAUAUAAACAGUUUAGAGGCAACAUUCACCCUCACCAAUGCGGUGCCACAAUAUAUUGCAUCUAACAGCGGACCUUGGGAGAUUUUCGAAGCGAACAUUCGUCGCUACGCUAAGGAGACCUGUGGAAGUCGUGCUCGAAAUGGAACUUUGUAUCUAUUGACCGGAACCUCCGAAUAUGACAUGGAAGGAAUCAUUGCGGACAAUGGGAACGUCAACGUAUUCCAUUCUGAAGUCUUCCUUGACGAUGUAAAACUUGCGAUCCCCCGUGCACUCUGGACUGCAGGGUGCUGUGUGUGGAGGGAUUCCAACCAUACAAAAGACAACCGAGCAGAGUCCUUUGCAGUCAUGACCAACAAUGCGAAGGAUUCCAACUGCCUAAACCAGACUGAAAUGAGUGUUUCGCAAGUGGAGAAACACCUUACUCCACGAGGUUGGCCAUUGGUGAAUCUAUUCCCUGGGGAGGAAAGUUGCCGACACACCGAGAAUGAUGUUAGACUGUAAUAAUCCGAAACAUUAAUGGACGUUGUACUCUUUGUUAAUGUAAUAGCUAUUUUGCAUUGUGUCUCUGUAAUUAUGCCAUUGCUCCGGGAACGAUUCUCUAAAUAUGAUUUACGCAAGUAAGCAAAGAGUAUUGUCAGAGAAACUGUUUAUUAUUCGGUAAUUUCAUGACCACGUCGUUUACAUUUGUCGAUAUGUUUGAGAGAAACGAGGUCGAGAGAAAAGCGAGUAAGCUAACUGGCAGGUAAUCCCGCAUUUAAGCUCAGCGUUCAGUGAUUAAAAGUUAAGCUCUUUCGGUAAUCAAUCUUAAACGCAGGUUUCAGAAACAAGGUGGAUUUUUUUAAGUCAAGUUAAAGUAAAAAAAAAAAAAAUGAAAACUCCGCAACAACAUUUUGAUUCCGCUUAUGUCGACAUAAAGUCAGAUAAUUUAAUCAUUCAUAAUGUUCUUGUCAGUAAAGGACUCUUGUGUUUUAUAUAAUAAACAAAAUGAUAUGGAA